GCCGCGGCGCGCGCGGGAGGUAGGAGGAGUCGGUAUUGAGGGCUGGCACCCGCGUACCGGAGGUCCUGUCACGGCGGGCCGGCCGUACUGUCGUGAGGGAGAAGGGCCCUGCUCGCCCACCUCCUUCCUUCCCUGAUCCGCUGGCCUUAGCAGGCCUGCAGCCGUGUCACCUCAGGCAGGAGGCGCUUUGUGGGGAGAGUGCCCGGGUGCCCCCGCAGAGGAGAUCAGGGCGGCGAUCGGGAGCCUCCGCCUGGCCGUGGAGUCCUUAGCGUCGUUGGCAGUCCUUUCCCAGGUGCGAAAUUAAAUACACCAAAUCUGUUUUAUCACCAUGGAGAUUCUGAAGAGCUGUAUGAGUAUCCAGAUCAUAUAUAUUCUAUUUCAGAGGCAUCAAUUUGACCACAAAAAGCCUAUCAGUUAUGACUUUUUAUAGAAAGAAGCUUUAACUGUGUUGUUUAACCACAGGCCAUAAAGACAUUUGCAUCAUUCUGUAGAGCAAAGCAAUACUUUGUUUAACUGAGAGCUCUCCAUGCCUCUCUGUGAGAAGCAGAACUCUCAAUGAAGCUGUGGGUGUGAGUGAGUCUCAGGGAGGCUCACACAGGGGCCACUUUCUCCUCUGUGCACCUGCUCCAGAUCAGCCCCCCACUCCUCUGAAGACCAGCUUGAAAGCCCUAAGGCUAGUCAGGCAAUGGAUGAGUCCGAUGACGAUUUUAGAGAACUCUGUGCCAGCUUUUUCCAAAGGGUGAAAAAACCAGCAAUCAAGGAAGUGUCUGGAGACAAGACACUGAAGGGCCGCAGUGGCACUCGGAUAAACAAACUGAAAAAGACCAAACCUACGGUCCCCAAGACAAAGAUCCUUCAAGGCCCUGGAGAAAAGAAACCUCAUUCUGCUCAUUCUGGCAGCCAAGCCCCUGGGGCUGAAAUGAGAAGGAAAACCACAGAGCAACAAAAUGAGCUGGCUGUCGUUGCCAAUGGGGAGGGAGACGUGCUUGCCCCUGGUGCUGGUCAGCCUGGGCUCUGUGACAGAGCACAGGACACCCCAACGGAGAGUGCUCCCGACAGCGACUGCCGGCCAUCUCCUCCCUGUUUGACCACAGCAACUCCGAGCUCCUGCAAAACCCGAACGGCAGAGCUGGUUCUGCAGCGAAUGCAGCAGUUCAAGAGAGUGGACCCGGAGCGCCUGAAACAUGCCUCAGAAGAGUGCUCCCCCAGGGCUGCACUGGAAGACCAUAGCCUGAAGAGCCCUGGAGAGGAGCUGACCACGGGGCACGGAUGUGAGCCUGCACUCCCAGCCACAGACAGUGACGCUGCAAUGGCCCUGGCCCUGCAGCAGGAGUGUGGGCAGCAAGCGGCAUCUGCAUGUAAUGACAGCCUGGAGGAGAAGGGAUUGUUCUUCUGCCAGAUCUGUCAAAAGAACCUCUCAACCAUGAACGUGGUCCGACGGGAGCAGCACAUGAACAGGUGCUUAGACAAGGCAGAACAAGCACAAAGACCUCCUGCACCUCAGAUCCCCGAGUGCCCCAUCUGCGGCAAGCCUUUUCUCACCUUGAAGAGCAGAGCAAGCCACCUGAAGAAGUGCGCGGUGAAGAUGCAGGUUGGCCCCCAGCUCCUGCUGCAGGCCGUGCGGCUGCAGACGGCCCAGCCCGGGGCAGGAGGACCCCCUCCCUCAGCCAGCAUUGGUAUUCCCCCUGGAGGCUCGAAACGGAAAGGAACCUCCAACAGGAAGGAGCCACGGAAGAGGCGGAAGGUUGGCCAGCCUGAGGCGCCAUCCGAGGACCUGCUGGUAGCCAUGGCCCUGUCCCGGUCUGAGAUGGAGCAGAACCCCACCGCACCAGCCCUCAGGCUGGAGAGCGCCUUCUCAGAGAGGACUCGACCUGGAGCAGAGAAGAAAAGUCGCAAGAAGAAACCCCCAGCGUCUCCCCCGCAGCUACUAAUCCAAGACUCGGAGACCACAGGCAGGCAGAUAGAGGACCGCGUGGCCCUGCUCCUGUCGGAGGAAAUGAAAAUGUCCAGCACGCCACAACUCCCAGCCAGCAGGAUCCUGAAGGAAGAGUCGAGAAAGGCAGCAGGGAAGCAGAAUUUCCUGUGGGAGGGCAGUGCCCUGACCGGAGCCUGGGCUGUGGAGUCCUUCUACACAGCCAACCUGGUCCCCCCGAUCGUGCCCCAGCAGCCCACCAAGGAAAGACCCUUGAUGUCCAGAACUGAGCAUGCUUCCUCAGAGUGUGGCUGGCAUGAGGCGUCAGAGGAGGGACCCAGGAACCUGCAUUCAAAAUGCAUGUUCCAGACCAUCCUGCAGGAGCCUCCCCGGCCACUGACACCUGAGAAGCCACAGCCAGACCUGCCAGGACCACCUGAUCUCCCCAGCAGUCCCAGUGCAGGCCACAGGGCUGAAGACCUGUCGCUGACCACCACCCAGAGGGAGCACCAGGCCCUGCAGGACCUCGUGGACCUGGUACAGGAGGAGCUGAGCACCAGCCCUGAGCCCAGCAGUGGAGACCUGGCCAGCUCAGGCAGGGCCCCAGGGCUGGAUGUGGUACCCUGCAGCCUCCCACUGACUGGCUUUGUCCUGCCACCCAAGGAGAGGCACCCUGAGGGAGGCGACCAUGCUUUGCUCUCCUUUGGGCUGCUGAUCGCCGACUUCAGCACCAUGGUCAAUAACCCACACUUGAGUGACGUCCAGUUCCAGACGGACAGUGGGGAGGUGCUCUACGCCCACAAGUUUGUGCUUUAUGCCCGAUGCCCACUUCUCAUUCAGUAUGUGAGCAGCGAAGGCUUCUCCGCCAUGGAGGACGGGGCCCAGGGCCAGCGUGUGCUGCUGAGUGACGUGAGCACCGAGGCGCUGCACGCGUUCCUGCGCUACCUCUACACUGCGGACACCAGCCUGUCUCCCCGCCUGGCCCCUGACCUCAGUUCCCUGGCCCUCAGGUUUGGCGUGAGUGACCUUGUCCACUUAUGCCAGCAAGUGCCCACCACAAUGGAGUCAGAGGAGGAACACUGGGCAGAGAAGGAGGACGAGAGCUGUGCCGGCAGAGUGGAGAACUUCCAAGAGCUCUUGAAGUCAGUGUGGGUGGACGGUGAGGAGGAGGCAGAGACCCCGAUGAACCCCGAGGACGGUGAAGGAGACAGGGAACAGGUGAACGAGGCCGAAAUGGAGGAGAUCUACGAGUUUGCAGCAACUCAGCGGAAGCUUCUCCAGGGGCAAAGGGCCACAGCCAUAGACGAGGAUUCUGCCCAGCCCCGGGAGGAUAGCCCGGAAUCUGCACAGAUCCUGGCAAGCAUGCAGGGUACUGAGGAGUUGGAAACAACUGAGCAAACGGAGUUCUCAGUGCUGGGAGGGGCCAAGGCUUCACCACACCAGGAUGACACAAGGCAACGCACUGGCCGGUCAUUGCGGGGCCAGCGCCACAUCAGAGCCAAGGAGGCAGGGACACAGGAGCAAGAAGCGCCAGUGGAGUCAGGGAGUCACUGUGGCUCCCCCAGCCCUUCUUGGAGUGGCUGGGCACGGGGAGAAGUACCCUCACAGUCUGCCCUUGUCCACCGCAAGGAACAAGCAGAGUUCUCAGAACCAUCCCAGACAAAGCACAGUGGCGAGCAGCAAAGCGGCGCCAUCAGAGGGAUGGGGGCAGGGCUUUCCCAGCAGGCAUCACCACCCUACCUCAGCUCCCUGCCAUCGCAGCACCCGGUCUCCAGGAGUCCUGGCCAGCCACGUCUAAACCUGCAUCACACAGAUGUUGCUUCUUCCCAGUCGCAUGGAGGGCUGCCUGAAGCAGCCUCUACACAUUUGCCAUCUCCACACGCACCCUCCCUGCAGAAGAGGGUCAGCAGCGUCCUCACCUCGCUGACCCAGCUAGAACACAAAGCCAGGGGGACCUUGACAGCCUGGGACCCCUUGGCAUCCAUCGACCUCACCCAGUCAAGGCCAGAGCAGCUCAGCUCUCGGGCUCUGAGCCCUCCCUGCACCCGGAGCCAGGAAAGCGAGGUUAUCCUCCUGUCAGACUCUGACGAGGAGCUGGGACUGGAGCAAGCCAAGGGCGUGCUGGAUGCUGCUGGCUCCCCAAAAGAAAGGACAGUGUCAGGAAUGAGCUCCAAGUCCGCAGAACUGUUCUCAGUCAUCGACGUGGACGUGGACCUGGAGCAUGCCCAGAGCCCGCCUGGAGGAGAAGCCGAGUUGCAGGAGGAGGGGCUCUGUGAGAGGAGCAACCCUGAGGACAGCACCACGGACACCUCGUGGCUGGUGCCUGCCACACCGCUGGUCAGCAGGAGCCAUGACUGCUCAUCCCAGUCCAGAAUCAUGAGCUUCAGGCCCAGGACUCCAGCCAACGAGAGGGCUGCGCACACCCCCCGGGCGAGGGGAGCUGCGCACACCUUCUCGGUGAUCGUGUCCCAGACCCAGGCUGCAGCCCACGCUCCUGCCACCUCGGGGGCAUCCGAUGGUGGGGGCUGGGGCUGCAGAAGCCCCUCCAGGCCCCACUCAAGGCACCCCAAGCACUCCUCUCCACUGGGCCCUAGUCGCCUUGGGGGAAGCCUCCCUGACUUCACCUGGCAGUUCCCAACAUGCUCUCCGCCCAGGCCGCUCUGGCCCCAACAGGCUGAGGCGAGUGAAGUGGUAGAAGUGGAGGACAGUGAGGGUGAGCAGGAGGCUGCCUCCCUGCAGGCACACAGCAGCCCCCUGCUGGAUCGUGACCCUCCAGUGCUGGUGGACGACUGCUCUUGGCACGCCGAGCCCCUCUCCCCGAUCCCGAUUGACCAGGUGAACCUUGAGCGGACGGGCCCCCUGGGUACCAGCAGCCCCUGCAACAGGGCACAGGAGGCCCCAGACUACAGUGCUGGUCACGCUCCUGGCCUCCUGGUCACCCCACCCACCCAUGGCAGAAAGUCCCCAGAGACAUCCUUGUUGGCCAGCUCCCUGGGGAACAGCAGACCAAGCUUUCUGAACUCGGCUCUCUGGGAUGACUGGGACGGCGGGGAACAGAGGUCACCAAAAGCUCUUCCUGCAGCCUGGACCCCAGGUGCCAAUGGAGCUCAGUGGUCAGCUGCGUCAGAGAUGCAAAAAGGUGCUAAUCGGAAGAAGAAUUUGCCCCCCAAAGUACCCAUAACUCCAAUGCCAAGGUAUUCCAUCAUGGAGACACCGGUACUGAGGAAAGAACUGGACAGGUUUGGAGUCCGGCCUCUGCCCAAGCGCCAGAUGGUUCUGAAACUGAAGGAGAUCUUCCAGUACACACACCAGACCCUGGAGUCCGACUCGGAGGAUGAGAUCCAGGCCUCGGAGGUGCCCCUGGCUACCCCGCUUAGCCAGAGCCACAGCACCGAGACCUCCAAGCAUGCCGGGACUGAGGGCUGCACCCAGCUGGAGGCUGCCUGGGGCCCCAGACCUCAAAGUUCCAAGGGACCUUCAAAGAUCAAGAGCCCCCGACACAGGAAGCAGCAGCCCAAGGGUGGUGUCCUAGCCCCGGGCCAGCCAGCAGACCCUGAGGGGGACACCCAUCUCCCAGCCUCCCAGGAAUCUGUGGCCACCUCUGUGGACAGCAGUGACAGCUCCUUCAGCUCACAAAGCUCUUCCUCCGCUGAGUUUGGGGCAGCCCUUGAGUCAGCCGGUGAUGAGGAGGAGGGGGUCAGUGCCUCCCAGGCAGCCAUGCCAGCAGCAGACGUGGAGGAGGCAGUGAGGCGCUACAUCCGCUCCACACCGGCCCUGCACCGGAAGGUGCUGCUGUACCAGCCAUUGGAGCUGGCUGAACUGCAGGCUGAGCUGAAGCAGAAUGGCAUCCGCGUGACCAUGGGCAAGCUAUUGGACAUCCUGGACACUCACUGCAUCACCUUCACCACUGCUGCAGCCCGGAAGGAGAAGCUCAACAGGAAGAGGCUGCAGCGUGUGGGCAAGAAGAAAGGUGGGCAGAAGUGAUGGCUGCAGCCUGACCUCCACCAUCAGGGGUCACACCUAGCACCAGAAGCCCCUGUGUGUGAGGUGCCAGGAUGCCCAGGGCCACCAGGCCUCCACAGGUGUCUCAGCCUUAAGCACAGCACCAGUGGAAAAAAGGGCACAGC